UCCCCAAUUCGUUUAAAUCGAUUAUGUCCAUUGUCCGUACCACUGAACAGCUCACAUCUUUAUUCAGUUAAAUGGUCUGCACUGAUAACUGUCAUGUUUUGUAAUCAGAAUGAUUACAAAAAUGAUAAUGACGGCCUCAUUAAAUUUAUACUUGGUGGAGUUUAAUACUUUUGAUCACAAUUCAAAAUGCAAGUUCAAACGGUUGAAGUUAAGGAGAUAACAAACAUCGAAAAGUAUUAUUCUCCAAUUCAUUAAGUAUCUUACAAUAGUACAAAGGUAGUACAUUAAAGCAAAUUUACUCCAUUGCUAAUAUGAGCAAGACUAAUUCUAAUUGCAAUGACAUAACAGUUUCAAAGCCAACAAUAUCUGUUGCUUUGACAAUGAUAUCUAUACCUUUGUCAAUGAUGUUGUGGAUUACCAACUUGUUGUUCAAAAAAUUCUAUGGUGAUAAUUUAAAUGAAACUGAUGAAAUUCUUCCACCUUUUCGAUGGUUCAUGUCUACUUUCAUUCCAUUAAUGAUGGCUGUUUUUGGUUAUUUAAAAAAAAGUGUAAACCUGAGUGGGGCGUUAUUGGGUAUUUUUGUUGGUUUUAUAUUGACUUUGAGCAGCUAUACUUUCCUAGUAUGUUUGCUGACAUUUUUUGUCACAUCAUCGAGGGCAACUAAAUUUCGUAGCAAAGUUAAAAAACAAUUAGAACCAGAUUUUAAAGAAGGUGGCCAAAGAAAUUGGGUCCAAGUAUUGUGCAAUGGAGGUAUGGCCACACAGUUGGCACUUUUAUACAUUCUCGAUGUUGGGUGUGGCGAGCUACCCAUUGAUUUUGACCUCAAGUACAGGCCUUCAUGGCUGUCCAUUGGUAUACUAGGUGCUUUUGCUAGUUGCAACGGAGACACAUGGGCAUCAGAACUAGCAACUGUAUUAGACAAAGGUUUACCUAUCUUGAUCACUACUGGUAAACCAGUACCCAAAGGUACUAAUGGAGCUGUUACACCUAUUGGACUCUUCCUCAGUCUAUUAGGUGGCCUUGCAGUAGGAAUUGCCAACUACUUGAUGCUCAUUUACAUCGUUGAUGCAGAUUUAUUAGCCCGAAGUCCUCCACAAUGGCCUCUUAUGGUAGUUGGUGCUUUUGCUGGGCUAAUUGGAAGCAUUGUUGAUUCUAUUCUUGGCGCUACACUACAAUACAGUGGAGUCAACAGUAAAACUGGAGUAAUUGUCGAACAACCUGGUAAAGAUGUCAUACACAUAUCGGGAAGAAGGAUAUUAGAUAAUCACAGUGUCAACUUAAUUUCAAGUGUGAUCAUGGGAAUAUUGACUCCGAAAAUUGCAUAUUUAGUUUGGCCUUAAAUUGAACCGUUUGGUCUCUAGUAACUUUUAUUUAAUGUGACUAAAGAUUUAAACACUCCACUUAAACGGUUAAGUCAAGGAAACCCAGUUGGAUUUUUUAAACCUUUUUUUUUUAAUUUUCUUUUCUUUUUGGAGUAAAAGAUAGACUGACAUAGAUGUUUUGUAGUAAUUAUUAUACAGCUAUUUAUAAUAUAUACAUUUAAAUAUAUA